UUACAUAUUUUUAGUCAGGCCCAAAAGAAGUGACUCAGGUUUGUUUAGUUCUGUUCCCAAAGUGCAGUUUGCAUGUGGGCGGGGCAGACCUGGUGGGAGGUUUCCUGAAGGCAAAAAGUGAAAGCCGAGGGGCCAGAGAGUGAAGAGCGGCCUGAGUUUCGAGGCCCCGCCCUGGGCGGAAGGAACGGAGCGGUUGGGACCUCUAGCAGCAGAGCCAGAUUACAUUGUACACCUACCAUGAGUCUUGACAUCCAGUGUGAGCAGCUGAGUGAUGCCAGAUGGACAGAGGUCCUUCCCCUGAUCCAGCAAUACCAAGUGGUCAGGCUGGAUGACUGUGGUGUCACUGAGGUGCGAUGCAAAGACCUCAGCUCAGCGAUCCAGGCCAACCCUACCUUAACAGAGCUCAGCCUAUGCACCAAUGAGCUGGGGGACGCUGGUGUGUGCCUGGUGCUCCAGGGCCUGCGGAAUCCCACCUGUAAGAUCCAAAAGCUGAGCCUUCAGAACUGCAGCUUGACGGAGGCUGGCUGUCGGGCCCUGCCUGACGUGCUGCGGUCUUUGCCUACCCUGCGUGAACUACAUCUCAGUGAUAACCCUUUGGGGGAUGCAGGCCUGAAGCUGCUCUGUGAAGGACUUCUGGACCCCCAGUGCCGCCUUGAGAAGCUUCAGUUGGAAUACUGUAACCUCACAGCUGCCAGCUGUGAGCCCCUGGCUUCAGUGCUCAGGGCAAAAGCCAACUUUAAGGAGUUAGUGUUGAGCAACAACGACCUCCAUGAGGCUGGUGUCCAGACGCUGUGCCAGGGCUUGAAGGACUCUGCCUGUCAACUGGAGUCACUCAAGCUGGAGAACUGUGGUCUCACAUCAGCCAACUGCAGGGAUCUGUGCGAUGUCCUGGCCUCCAAAGCCUCACUGCAGCACCUGGACCUGGGCAGCAACAAACUGGGCAAUGCAGGCAUUGCAGCCCUGUGCUCGGGACUGCUGCUCCCCAGCUGUCGGCUCAAGACACUGUGGCUGUGGGAGUGUGACAUCACUGCAGAGGGCUGCAAGGACCUGUGCCGUGUCCUCAGGGCCAAGCAGAGCCUGAAGGAACUCAGCCUCGCUGGCAAUGAGCUGAGGGAUGAAGGUGCCCAGCUGUUGUGCGAGAGCCUGCUGGAGCCUGGCUGUCAGCUGGAGUCACUGUGGAUAAAGACCUGUAGCCUCACAGCUGCCUGCUGUUCCCACGUCUGCUCCGUGUUGACCAAGAAUCGUUCUCUGGUGGAGCUGCAGAUGAGCAGCAACCCACUGGGGGACUCGGGAGUCCUGGAGCUUUGCAAGGCCCUGGGCCAGCCAGACACUGUGCUGCGUGUGCUUUGGCUGGGGGACUGCGAUGUGACAGACAAUGCCUGCAGCAGCCUUGCCGCAGUUCUGCUGGCUAACCGCAGCCUGCAGGAGCUGGACCUCAGUAACAACUGCAUGGGGGACUUGGGUGUCCUGCAACUGAUGGAAAGCCUCAAAAAGCCCAGCUGUACCCUUCAGCAGCUAGUCCUGUAUGACAUUUACUGGACGGAGGAGGUGGAAGACCAGCUGCGGGCCCUGGAGGAGGAAAGGCCAUCCCUGAGGAUCAUCUCCUGAGAUGUGCACAUCUCUGGACACAACGUUAACCCAGCCCCAGGGCCGGCCAGCAGGAACUCUGGCUCUGGGUGUUCUAGCAUUGUAAUCUUAUUUUGGCAGAAAACUUUAGACACUUUAUAACUAUUAAAACACUUUGUUGACAAGGAAGGUCCUUAUCAUUGUGAGCCGGUGUAGCUGUGCUAUGACUGCUUCCUGUGUGUGGGGUAGUUUAUUCAUGUGCUCACCCCAGCAGUGGGCCCUUAAUCUCCAAUAUGGCCUUUCUUAAAAAAAACUUGGACAGCCUUGAACCUUGGGCAUACUCUACUGUCUCUGUGUUGGAACUACAGGCAUUUCAAAAGGGAUUCCAGAUGUACGCCAUUACACUUUGCUCCAAGGCAGGUCUUAAAGGGACUUUCAAAGCUGGAUCUUCUCCCUGCCUACACUGAGUAGUAUAAGUGAGGAUGAUCUCUGCUUGCAGUGGUCAAGCAUUACUUAGGAAGACUCAUUUCCCAUACCUGAAAUCCCAGAGACUGGGUAAGACUCAGUGGUGGAGCUCUUCCUAGCACAAAAAGGAUUGAAAACAAAUCCCAAGAGAUCAAAAUCUCUGAAAUCUAAAAUCUCCAAAUUAUAAAAGAUAAAUCUUCAAUGUGAAAUUGCCAAUAAUUUUCAUGACUAAACGUGCUUAUGAGAAAAGGGUGGCUGGUCAAAUUCUAGAGAAGAGACUGGCUAUGUGAUGUGGCAAAUAUAAAAGCUAGGGACUUACUUAUUUAGUGACAGGGUUUCUGUGUCCUAGAACUCAAGAGAUCUGCCUGCCUCUGCCUCCUGAGCAUCAGCAGCAUCCGGCUAUUUGUAAGAUUUGUAUUUAUGUAGCAUUAGUGAUAGCAGUGAACCGCCAGUGGAUGCCGAGACCCAAACCCAGGUCCUCUGCAGGAGCAGCUACUGCUCUGAACCACUGAGCCACCUCU